AUGCUCCCUCAAGUCCCUCUCAAACCGGAAGAUCGCCCACGCUACACCAAAGACCAGCUGAACGCUUAUUUCCACAUGAUCAACCUGCCUCCAACGCACCUCAAGUCCCCCAUCCUAUCCAAUCCCAGCCUGGCCACAAGCACCCAGCAUGCCCUUCCACUCCUCAAAGCCCUCGUCCUGCACCACCUCACCACCGUCCCCUUUGAAAAUCUCUCCCUGCACUACUCGCCGCGCAAAACGCUCAGUCUCGACAUGCACGACCUGUACGCCAAAAUCGUCGGUCGGAACGGGCACCGCGGCGGGUAUUGCAUGGAGAACAACGGCUUGUUCGGCACGGUGCUGCGCUCGCUGGGGUUCCGGGUGCGGAAUUGCGCGGCGCGCGUGUCGAGGAUGAUGAGUCCUUCGGAGCACGUGCGGGCCCAGCAAGGGCAGACGUACGAUGGGUGGAAUCACAUGCUGAACCUGGUGUUGCUGGACGGGGAGUGGUGGGUGGUGGAUGUGGGCAUGGGCAACAUGGGGCCCUGUGCAGUGUACAAGCUGCAAGACGGCGUGGAGCUGGAGAGUAUUGCGCCGCGGCGGAUCCGGUUGCAGAAGCGUGCGAUUGCGGAGAGUUAUUCUGCCGAGGAGGAGGGCGGCGGGGCGGUGCCGAAGCUGUGGUGUUUUGAUGUCUGCUACAAGCCGGAGGUUGCAGAGGGAGAGGAGCGCGCGUGGAUCCCGACGUACGCAUUCACCGAGGCCGAGUUCUUGCCGCAGGAUUUCGAGAUGAUGAAUUACUUCACGUCGACGAACAAGGCGUGUCUGUUUACGUAUGUGCUUAUCAUCACCAAGAUGCUGGCGGACGAGGCGGGUGAGAAGAUCGUGGGCGAUAUAACGAUGCUGAACGACACGGUGAGACGUAACUUCGGGAGCGAUCGGAAGGUGUUGCGGGAGUGUAAGACGGAGAAGGAGCGCGUUGAUGCAUUGAGGGACUUCUUUGGUGUGGAACUGACAGAGGAGGACAGCGAGAGCAUUACUCCUGAACUAAAGAUUCAGUGA